AUGAACUGUUUUGGCUUCUUAGGUGAGGAGGUUUCUGUGGAAGUUCAUAUUUGCAGCCAUUCUCAUUUAAAAGGACCCUACUGGUCAAGGAAAAUCUUGUUUAGUAACUGGUGCUUCUAAAAUUAAAGAGUACCUUUUAAAGAAUAGCAUGAUUGGCAAUCAGCUUUUGUUUUAAGUAUUAGGCAAACACUGGAAUUACUUUUCCCAAAAAUUCAAAUAGGUGGCUUGUUCUACCUCAGAGAAGUUGUGUUUUGAAAUUCCAAAACAAUUUUACAGCGGAAUUUUGAAGGAAUUUUAUGUAAUGGACUUCUGUUCCAACAAUUUCUUUAAAAUGACUGGCAGGUUUAUUACUAAAAAAUAUCAAUAAAGGGCGAUAUCAGAGAUCUCAGUCAAAAAUAUCAGCAAAAUUUUUACCAUACAUGAUUUUCUUUGAACAGUAGGGUAAUGACUAUUUUUAAUAUAACAAUAAAAAAUGCACCUGUGUAAUAAUGACGGAGCCACCUUAACAGUAAUGGAAAUAAUAAUGUUUAGGUUACCAGUAUGUAUAUAAAUAUCCAGUUAUGGUAAGUGCAAUGACUAUUUUUGCAACAAUAACAUUUAUAAUACCUUUGUACCGGUGCUAUUGUUUUAAGGAUAAUGGAGUUACAAAAGUCAUAUGAAAUUAUUAUUUAUGCACAAUACAUUGUCAAAAAAUGUUUUAGAUGUGUCUAAUAUAUUGUAAGCCAUCACUGAUUCGUUGGGUAAAUAAUUUUUGGCAAGUGGGCCAAUUUCUAUAGAUCUAUGGGUCAUUAGUGGCUCAUAACAAUCAAAUGGCAAAGUCACAAUACAGUAAAAAUCCACAAGAAAGACACUGGUUUUUAUGAACCUGUUAGGCAAAAUUUGCCAGCUAGGUCCCCUCUAUACAAGAAUGGGUUUAGCCUAAAUUUUGAAGCAAGUUUUAAUUUUAUAAAAUCUGUAAAUCUGUUCACUUGGGUACUACAAUAGAUAAGUCAACAUUCAGGAUCCUUUUUGGAGACUUAGGUGUGUCUUGUCACUCCAACUGCAAUGUAAUGGUACAUGUACAUACAGAUUUUACAUAAGAAAUAAGCAGAAUGUUACUAACUUUUAGCUACUUAUACAAUGUUUUUUUUUUCUUUUGAAAAUAAGAAUCUAUUUGAGAACAUAAAUAGUUUAAAUCUGUAAUAAUUACCAUUUGUGUAACAACCUGCUUAGGCUAACUUGGGAAAAUGCCACUUCUUACUCAUUUUGUGGGUUUUUACUGUACUCUUGAUAUAACUGGUAUAUAACAUAGCUCAAUCUAUCCAAGCUAAUCCUGUACAACAUUUUUGUUCAAUUUUUCUGCAGUGACCGUGAGCUUUCCCAGUUUUUGUGAAGAUUAUAAAAAGACCUUUUCAUCGGAAAGAAAAGUAAAAAACAUCCCAAUUUCGUUUAAAUUCUUGAAUUUGGGCUUUCUAAGUUUGAUGUGUUAGGAACUAUUCUUUGCUGUUUCUGUUUAAUAUUUUAGGACAGAAGAGAGAAAGGUUUAGCUACAAUGAAAGAACUGCUACGUCAGAAAACAUACCAAGGAGCUCUGUCCAAAAUUAACUCUCCUUUGGAUCCGAGCUUCAAACUACGACAGUUGAAGUAUGUUAAGCUUGUUAGAGGAUGUUAUAAGCACUUAGCAGUGGCAAGCCACUUUUCUUUAUUUAAUUAAACCUUAGUGCAGGGCUAUAUAAAAGCCACGGCACAGGUUUAGCCAUAUAAAAAUAUCGUACUGACUAUGUUUUCUGUCCUGUCCUAGCCACUAAGUUAAAUUUCACUGAUGCCAACGAGAUCAAACGCUAAGAAGUGAUUUGAAUUAAUCACUGCGUUUUUUUUUCCAUUCCAUUUCAGUAUCGACCAAUGCAAGUUUAUGGAUUCGAAAAUGCGGCCGCUGUAUUUGGUGUUUGAAAAUUUAGACGAGAUGGGAGAUUUUGUGCGUAUAAUUUUCAAAAAUGGCGAUGGUAAGUGUUUACUGUAGGUCGCUAAAUGGAACUUCUGUCAUUUAGCUAUUAGCCAUCAUUAGUCUACGCCAGCAGCAGCAGAUGGCAAACUCGAGAUUCAAGUUGAACAUUUCUCAAAUUAGGAAAUGAACGGAUACAAAAUAUCUGGAGAAAAUUCUUAUGGAUGAUCCUGACGUGAAACUGUUUAUUUUGUGGAGAGAUAAUGAAAGGGGAAACUGGUCACCAGGGAAGCUACUUUUUGCUGUUGGUAAUAGUAGAAUGGUGAAUUAAAAACGAUCCAAACUGUCCUUUUCCGGUCUGUAGUGGCUAAUUAAUUGUUUGAGGGACUCCUUUGUUAAUCUUCAAUAGUCUGCGAAAAGGCUGCGACACGAAUAUACAUAGUGGUCGAGGGCUACCAGUAACUGUUAAUAUAAUAGAGAAUGAUUCUAGUACCGUAAACUGGUUUUGAUGAGUCCCCCUACUUACAAUUAUUAGCUCCCCCCUCCCAGUUGAAGGCCCAUCCACCGGUGAACAAAAAAAUACGUUCUAUUAUUAGCCCCCGACCCUCCAAAUGUAUUGAAAUGAAAUUGAUUUAUUAUGACGUUUUGAAGCCUAAAACACCAGUAAAUACAAAACGUAUUUUGAUCAGCACUGCUAUAGCUCUAUUUCCAUUAUAAGCCCCUCUCGGAUAUACGCCUCUCCGUUUAUAAACCCUCUUAAAACUCCUGUGGAGAAUUUAUAAGCCCAGGGCUUAUUAAGCAAUAGCUUUCGGUAUUCAACAUGUCAGCAGCAUGGAGAGCUGAAAAUGAUCAUUCUUCGGCCUUGAAGGGCAUAAGCCCGACUAAGUCACCAUUUUGGUCUGACGAGACAAAAAUGUGAUCGGACUCAAUCAAGGACGCAUUAAAGUAGGUUUCUCUAACGAAAAUGCCGGGUUUAUGGUAGUCGUAGGAUUCGCAGUUAGACCUUUACUGCAAUAACUGAUAGCAAGGGAUGGCGCAAAGGUGAGAGCCUUUCUCUCCUGGUACUCUGGUGUUCCCCUCUCCUAAAAAAGUAAACCAACAUUUCCAAAUUCCAAUUCGACCAGGAAUCAGGGAAUUGAAGAACCGCUUCGUGGAUGUGCUACCUCUAAAUCAUUAUUUAUUUAUUUGUAAUGUUAUUUGGUUGACAUGAUCAUUCACACGUUAACAAGGUAGAUUGUGUUCCUCUGCAGAGUGAUAGUCUUUGCUCAGUAUUAACUUUGUCCGGAUAUGAUGUGCAACCACAUUAUAUUAAGAUCAUUCCUAGGACAUGGGCCGCUGACCGGCUGCUUUGCGCAUGUGCCCAAAAGAAACGAAAAGAAAGGAAAUGAGAGAAAGAAAAAGCUGGAAAAGCCAAUAUGAGUGUAGAAGGGGCCGAGACCAUGCAUUUACUGCACCAAGCUUAUUAGCACGACUGAAAUAAAUUAGAUAAAGUCACACGAAAAAUGGAAUUUUUGUUUUGUUGUAAGGUAUACUUAAAGUAUAAUGAGUUUUUUUUUUUAAAUAAUGUGAUCAGAUCUUCGACAGGACAUGUUGACUCUGCAGCUGAUCAAAAUCAUGGAUAGGAUCUGGCAAAAUGAAGGACUAGAUCUUGGGUGAGUUGAAACUUUAUGACGACUUUCUUGUUCAUUUGUAUAUGGAAUGUUAUCUGUGAAGGGACACAAAUGGUGUUGCCUGGCGCCCUUUUUCAGUUUCAUUUGUUAUCUCACACUUGUAAACAUUGUGUAUCAUGUCAAACAGUAGGCUGAUUCUACGCCUGUUAUUUGCUAGUGACCAGCGUUCCUCCACGGCUANGUGGAUGUGCUACCUCUAAAUCAUUAUUUAUUUAUUUGUAAUGUUAUUUGGUUGACAUGAUCAUUCACACGUUAACAAGGUAGAUUGUGUUCCUCUGCAGAGUGAUAGUCUUUGCUCAGUAUUAACUUUGUCCGGAUAUGAUGUGCAACCACAUUAUAUUAAGAUCAUUCCUAGGACAUGGGCCGCUGACCGGCUGCUUUGUGCAUGUGCCCAAAAGAAACGAAAAGAAAGGAAAUGAGAGAAAGAAAAAGCUGGAAAAGCCAAUAUGAGUGUAGAAGGGGCCGAGACCAUGCAUUUACUGCACCAAGCUUAUUAGCACGACUGAAAUAAAUUAGAUAAAGUCACACGAAAAAUGGAAUUUUUGUUUUGUUGUAAGGUAUACUUAAAGUAUAAUGAGUUUUUUUUUUUAAAUAAUGUGAUCAGAUCUUCGACAGGACAUGUUGACUCUGCAGCUGAUCAAAAUCAUGGAUAGGAUCUGGCAAAAUGAAGGACUAGAUCUUGGGUGAGUUGAAACUUUAUGACGACUUUUUUGUUCAUUUGUAUAUGGAAUGUUAUCUGUGAAGGGACAAAAAUGGUGUUGCCUGGCGCCCUUUUUCAGUUUCAUUUGUUAUCUCACACUUGUAAACAUUGUGUAUCAUGUCAAACAGUAGGCUGAUUCUACGCCUGUUAUUUGCUAGUGACCAGCGUUCCUCCACGGCUACCUUGAUGACUUUCCGUUUGCAAUCAUAGUAACCCGCUGUAAUGUUAAGCUCUUGCCAGAUUCAAACACUCGCUUUUGUGUCAAUUGAUUGGUUGAUCAUAAGUUGCACUGCUUGAUACGCUCUCAAAUGUUCAGGUUUUUAGUUUAGGUAAAGCCUAUGCCUGACUGUAAUAACGGACCCAUAUUAUCUGUAUUUUCACUACUCUGUUUUUCACCUUUCCAGCAUGAUUCCUUAUCGUUGUUUAUCGACUGGUAGUUCCAUUGGAAUGAUUGAGGUUGUUUAUCAAGCAGAGACGUUAGCCAAGCUACAGAAAACCAAAGGAGUUACUGCUGCCUUUGGUAAAGACUCUAUAUGGGAUUGGCUGAAGAUAUAUAACGUCACUGACGAAAGGUUUGGAUUCGCAUGUUCUGCUUAGCUUAGUUUUAAGCCCUGAUUUCUUUAUUCUAUAUCCAUUGUUGUGAUUGAGCCUUCUGUGUUUUGAGUCAGACAUGCAUUGUAUGACUUUUUACGGUGUAGUUUCUUACAGCGCAGCCUAAUAAUGAACCCAUACACAGUCCAUACACAGGGAGACCAUACAUCCCAUUAGAAUACAAAAUCUCAUUGAUGCCGGGUCUGGAGACAAGAGUUUCACUAGGAAGGACAUUGGACGGCUUGAAAUUUAAAAAAGAUUAAAAUAAUGAAGCCAUUUUGUCGGAGAGAUAAGUGACUUGUUUCACAGGGAAACCAGGCGACCGUGUGUAUUUUUUAAAUUUAAAAUGGUUGUCACAUACAUCGAUAGACCUAGCCAUACCGGCCUAUCGCGGAUAUACAAGGAAACAAUUCAGUUUGAUUAUGUUUGUCUAGUUUGUCAGAGGCAGUAGAGAGGUUCACGCUGUCCUGUGCAGGGUACUGUGUGGCAACGUAUGUCCUGGGGGUCGGUGACAGACACAGUGACAACAUAAUGGUGAAGAAAACAGGGCAGGUAAGUUUAAUAACCAAUCAGAACUGAUAAAAUAUAACGCGCGGGAAAGAUCGCGUGACCAUACUCUUUCCACUUUUAGUCAACGUGUCCCUCGGUAGUUUGCCCCUGAGAAGGGAACAGACCGCGUGAUGGUUUUCAGCCUCUAAAGGUUAUAGUUGUCGAGAAUUGAUUCAAAUUAAAAGAGAAUAACAGCCGCAUAUCGUCACUUAUAGUUUCGCCUCACCCCAGGCUGCCGCCCGGUUAGCUCGAUUGGAUAAACGCCUGUCUGCUGAGUGGCAGACCGCUGGUUCAAACUUCAGCCAGUCCAACACUCCGUCUUCUCUGUAGGCCCUGGGUUGCAACCCCUGGAAAUAUGAUGAAUUCUGUAGUAUGUUAGAACCCAUACGCUGUUAGUUAAGAGUUGGGGAUGUAGUCCACAGUGUGCUGGUCUAUGUCAAAUUCACACUCAUGACAGUUUGGUAAAAGUUUCUUAACCAGUGUUGUAAAUUAUCCCUGGAGAACUCUGCGGGGAGUGAAUAGUAGAUAGUAAUAUUUUCUAUGACAGUUUGGUAAAACUUUCUUAACCAGUGUUGUAAAUACCGCCGCCUGGUUAGCUCAGUUGGGAGAGCGCCGGUCUGCUGAGCGGGAGGUCGCGGGUUCAAACCCCGGCUGGACCAACACUUAGGGUCUUUAAAUAACUGAGAAGAAAGUGCUGCCUUUGUAAUGACAUCUGCAAAUGGUUAGACUUUCUAGUCUUCUCGGAUAAGGACGAAAAACCGUAGGUCCCGUCUCACAGCAUUGUCACUGAUCUGUUCUUGUGGGACGUAAAAGAACCCACACUACUGUUCGAAAAGAGUAGGGGUUGUAGACUCCGGUGGUGUGGCCAACCUUUACGGGUUGUGGGAUUGGGUAGGGAUGGCACCUUGCAUGGGACCUAUGAGUCCCGUUCGUGCCUAUUCCCUCUGGGCAGGCCUGUGUCCAGAAAAGCUUGCAAAACAAAACAAAACAUAUAAAUUAUCCCUGGAGAACUCUGCGGGGAGUGGAUAGUAAUACUUUCUAUAAUUUUUGUUGCUGAUCGGACAGAGUGACCGAAGAGUUUAUCCCAGUCUAUUGUGUUUGUAAUUUAUGGUAUAACUGUUCAUAUUCCUGCUAUUCCUGCUACAGCUUUUCCACAUUGAUUUUGGACACAUCCUUGGAAAUUUUAAGAGCAAGUUUGGCGUUCGAAGAGAAAGGGUUCCUUUUGUGUUAAGUGAUCAAUUCGUUACUGUGAUUUCUGAAGGUAAAGGAAAGGACACGCCCCAGUUUGAAAGGUAAUUCUUAACUUUACUAUAGAGCGUUUUCACUCACGUGACCAGCAUUUAUGCAAAUCUAUUGGAACGAUAGAAAGCGUUUACACAGGAAAAGAGUUCAACUGCCACAGGAUUGGUUUGUGACACCAACAUGGCCGCCGUUUCACUGUUUUGGGACACCAAUAUGACCGCCGUGACGUCAUAUGAAAACACUCUACAGAAUCAAACCUGUAAACGAAUCAGGUUUUGAGAACUAAUGCAGACACCUUUAAUAACUAGUUCGUUAAAAGCUAUCCUCACUGACGCGAGUUUCCACAGAAUAAAAAUGUUAGCGGGAAGUGGACAGAGACCGCUUUGUUUCUUUCAACCAAAGUUGGAUGAAACAAAUGGGAAAAACUCAAAGUAACAGUUUCUCAAGGUGUAAGCUACUCACGUGACUAUUUUCAAGGUCUCACCUAAAAGAUACACUUAAUUUACAACAAGGCGUGCCGAGACAAUGACCGAGUUGUUUCUGUUCAAGUUGUUCCUCGAGAAAAACACGCUAGAAAAAGAAGUAGGCACCCGCGUGGAUCUCAACAGUUCUCAGUCCGCUAUCGCGAGCUAUUGCGUGUGCUUCUUUACUAAGUAAUAAAAAUAUAUAUGCAACUAUAUUACAUGAAAGGUGGACGCCCUUAGAUAACUUUUUUCAUCCGGGAUUUCGGGCCAAGUAACCUGCGAGAGCAUUCGGUUUUUUCGGCUCAAGUUUCUAGUUUCACCCGGUUUUUCUCGGCGGGUGAAACUAGAAACUUGAGACGAAAAAACCGGAUGCUCGCGCAGGCUACGGGCCAAGGAGCAAGUGAAAAAUUGUUUCAAUUGUUUUCACUGUCGGCUUCUUGUCAUACAACGUUUUUAACUUUUGCAAUGAUGUUGUGUUUUUAGGUUCAGACAGAUCUGUAUAAACGCUUUUCUAAUUCUCCGCCGUAAAGGACCUCUUCUUAUCAACUUGUUUGUCAUGAUGUUAUCCGCUGGCCUCCCAGAGCUACGUUCGCUUGAUGACAUCGGUUACUUGCGCAAGACUCUUGUUUUGUCUCUCACAGAGGAAGAAGCCGUGAAAGAUUUCCAGAAAAAGUUUGAUGAUGCUCUGAACAACAGCUGGAAAACAUCGGCCAACUGGUUAGCGCACAACUUGAAAAGAGAUAAUCCUUAA